UGUAUUGACAUUAAAAAAAUAAUAAUCAUAAAAUGUAUGAAUUUAUAACCGUGAUAUUAUGUAGUUAAAUAUAUAUAUUUUUAUUAUUUACAAAAUGUGUUAAAAUUAAAAGGAAUCAUGUCAUCACCUUUUAAAAGACUAUGCCACUGGGGACCAAUUGCAGUAUUGGGAAUAAUAAAGCUAAUAACAUGGGCAAUGAUACAUUUAAUGAGUAUGUGGUGGCCCCCACAUGUAUCAUUAGCUGCUGCACUACAUUCUAUCUUAUUUAUUACUUUAGCAGCUCUCACACUGUAUUACUUUCUACAGUCACUUCUUGAAGGUCCAGGCUUUGUGCCAAAGGGGUGGAAACCUGAAAAAGAAGAAGAUGUUGAUUACUUACAAUAUUGUACAGUAUGUGAAGGAUUUAAGGCUCCUAGAUCUCAUCAUUGUAAAAAAUGUGGAAGAUGUGUUAAGAAAAUGGACCAUCACUGCCCUUGGAUCAACUGCUGUGUUGGUCAUGCUAAUCAUGGCUAUUUCUCUACAUUCCUCAUGUUUGCUGUUUUAGGAUGUUUUCAUGCAUCUAUUGUCCUAGUAACAUGUUUGUAUCAUGCAAUCAACCGUGUGUGGUACCUAUACAAUGGGACUGGCCAAGAGCCGAUGAUCUACCUCACACUCACCACAUUACUUCUGACGUUGCUGGCUACCGGCAUGGCAGUGGCGGUAGUUCUUGCAGUUGGAGCAUUGCUUUACUUUCAGAUUCGUGGUAUCCUUAGCAAUCGCACUACUAUAGAAGAAUGGAUAGUAGAGAAGGCUGUAGGCAGGCGGGAGGAACAAGGUCUCCCUCCCUUCGUGUAUCCAUAUGACUUAGGAUGGAAGGCCAAUUGGUACCAGGUCUGGGCUGGAAGUCAUUACGACGGACUCAGGUGGCCCGUACUGGACGGUUGCGGGCAAUACGAUCUCACUAUGGAACAAAAAGCCCAGAAGAUAGAGAAGCAGCAACGAUCUCGUUUAUUUGCGGCCGUUUCGGAGUACUCCGGCCGCUGGGUUCCUCUAUUGUCUCGGCCUCGUGCGGCUCUGUCCGCCCCUUGCACCGACGAGCCGCGGCUGGCCCUUCGCGUCGGGGACGUCGUUCGGGCCACUCGCCAAAGAAGACAAUGGCUGUUCGGUGAAAAGCAAGUGCGGACGGGAGAGGCCCGGGCUCCUCGCGGCUGGUUCCCGCGGGAGGCCGUCGUGCCCGCUGAUGAGCUGAAGGUCAAACCCGAUUAGCGGAAUCACACGUUACCAUAGAUUAAUAAUAAUUUCAAUUGCGACUCUAUUGCUUUGUGAUAAGAUGCAUUUUACAAUACAAGUUGGUAUCAGUCAUUCAAGGUUACCUCCCAGGCUAGUACAUGAUUGGUGUGAUUUUUUUCUAGUUUAUAUAUCAUAAUUUUUUUUUAUGAUAUUUAAAAUCCUCAUUUACACAGGAUUAAUAAAUAAUAAAUAAAUAAGGGUAGUUAUUUGGGCACGCAAGCGAAGAAGUAGUAAAAGCCGCGAUGAUUCUAGUAUAACAUCUUUUUUAUGUAGGUAUUCCGUUUUCAGAGAAUUGUCAUAUUUAUAAAUAUCUCGAUUUUAUUUGUAGAAAGAAUCCGAAACAAUUUACCGCUUAGUUUUAGUAACUCGCACUUUUCACACCGGACAUUAAAUAAGAUUUAUAAUUCAUAAAGAAGUGCCAGAUUUUCCCGAUAUGUCUUAUUUAGGAUUAAUUUGUUCCUAAAGAGUUGUUUUAAUGGCUAACAAUUAAGUGUACACUCAUAAGUAAAGUGAAAAAGUAAUUUUCUUUAAAUCGGUCUACGGACGAUAGUUACGUAAAAACGUCAUAACAAAACAUUGAUGAAUUUUUUUGAAAUUUUAUUAAAAAUUGCGUACUUGAGUCUUCGAGUGGAAGAGAGAUAGAUACAGCGCAUACGUACUAUGAGCGUAACGGGACAGUCAUGCUUUUUUAUUCAUACAACCGGCGUUCAUAGAUUUAUUAGACGUCACGUCAAAAUGUGUAUGAAUGUUUACUAUACCGAUAUACCGUGUUAAAACUUCACGGGGUAUCACUUUUUCUCAAUAAAAAAGCUAACAUUAGCGCCAGGUUUUUAAAGCAAUACAAAAAAAACGAAAUAUUGCAAUGAGUGUAGCUUAAAGUAAUUCAAAGACGCGGUACAGAAAUGGAAGUAUUUACUCAUAAACAAAGGCAGAUAUACCCUUCUUCGAGAGUUCUGUUGAAUUUUUGCAUUCAUCUUUUUAUAAUCGUUCCGUUACCAACCUCUAUAUCACUCUUCUCUUUCUCAUAAAUCUCUUCCUAUCCGCUUGCGCGUGCUCAGUGCCCUCUAUAGAAGCUAUCAUGAAUUACUUGCUAAAUAAUACAUAUUUGCGUGUAGCCGAUAUUGUAGAAAGUUUUUAUUUCAAUCGUUUCUUCACCUCUGGGCAUAUGAUAGAUGUACAUAUCUGUACAUCUGGGCAAUCGCAAGCAGAGAGGAAGUGUCAUGUGAUUAAAUGCUUGACUCGAUAUAGAUUUCGAAUGUUUCAUGAAGAAAGCAUAUUGUAAGUUUUAUUUUAAGGUGCUCUAUUUUUUUAUAUCGUAAUAAUAUAAUACUGUAUGGUACUUGUUACGUUUUAAAGAAUUUACAUAUACUUACCCAAUAUAUCAAAUCAAUAUGAAAUUAUUUUUUAUUUUAUAUUUAAAGUUAUCGUGGCAAGCUAUCUUAAAUACGUUAUUUCGUGUAUUUUUUAUAUUUUUUUUACACAAACGCAUUUUAUGAAGACUUAAUAUAUGUAUUAAAAUGUGUCCGUCGUCAUCUCUUUCAAAUUGCGUUUUCCCUGUUAUAGAAAGAGAUGGCACUAUAUUGUUAUUAGUUUAAUUUUUGUCUUUGGUUAAUGCGAGUGAACGAAACAUUUUUAAAAGUCGCGAAGUUCAUACAUUAUUUGCUUAAAUGGAUGUUUCGUAAAUUCUCCACCAAUCGAGGAAAUGAAGGAAGUAGGUACUCCUUGAAGUAAACUUGGGGCUUAAUAUUGAACCCAAAAAACUCCUUAUAUAAGUGUAUGUAUGUAUUUAAUUAAGUUGAUAAUAAACUGGAAUUGUAUAUGAAUUUUUCGAUUUUACUAUUUCCAUAUUUGUAAAGUUUUACAGUUUUUUGUUAAUGUUUACAACGUAAUCACAAAAUGUUAUAAAUGUAUUUUACGAUACUUAGUAUGAGCCGAUGUGUGAUUGUGUAAAUAAAGAAUAUAACUUGGA